GAUGAACGUUUGAAGGCAGCGGCGGUUAAUCGUCCAGCACUUUAAUUUAUUUAUUGUUUGAUUGAAAGGAGCUGGGGGCAGAUUGUUAAAUAUGUCAGUGAGGAGCUCGAUCGGGAAUCCUGAGUUUUUAAAGAAAAGAGUCGUACCAAAUCCAAAGUAUCGAUAUGUUCGAGCACGAAUUGAUACCGGAUACAGCCUUUCAAAGUAUAUGGAAAAAAUUGAAGAGUUAAGAAGAAAUUAUAGAUAUAAAAGAGAUGAAUUAUUCAAAAGAUUGAAAGUCACCACAUUUGCCCAGCUGUAUGCCUAUACUUUGGUACACAGGAGGGAAGGGCUAUGCAAAAUGUACAUCCCUUGGACCAAUUGCAGUUGCAGAAAUGUGCUGCAGGUGGCUUCUGUGAAUGAACAAGGUGAUGGGAUGUUAGAAGAACUACAGCGGGAGGAAGGCUCGAAUUCAGUGCUUUCUACACUAGAGCCCGAGCUCCAUGCAAUAAAGGUCAAUGAUGAAGAAGGUCCUGUGGAAGUGCCACAGAAAUCUCCGAUAGAAUUAAUAACUAGGGAUGAGUCAGGCGAGAAACCACUUUCUCCCCGCUCCACCCUCCAAAGUGUUAUCAGUGGUGUUGGGGAAAUAGAUGUUGAGAAGGAGACUCAGAAAUUGUCUCACCCUGAGCUCUGCCCCUGUCCUGAAAAAACAGAUGGACCAUACCCAGACUGUCCUUAUUUGUUGUUGGAUGUACGAGACCGUGAUGCCUAUGAUCAAUGUCACAUUAUUGGAGCCUACAGUUAUCCUAUAGCAAUGUUGUCUAGGACUAUGAACCCUUAUACAAAGGAGAUUCUAGACUAUAAAAAUGCACCUGGGAAAAUCAUUCUGCUUUACGAUGAAGAUGAACGGAUAGCUAGUCAGGCUGCCACAACACUGUGCGAGAGAGGUUUUGAGAAUCUUUUCAUGCUGUCAGGAGGGCUGAAAGUAGUUGCCCAGAUGUUCCCAGAAGGAAUAACCACUGGUUCAAUUCCACUGUCAUGCCAACCUCCAGUUCUCCUGACAUCUCGCGGAAGACGGUCAACACCCCAGGAACCACCACAUUCUGCAGAGGAUAAGCUCCGGUUCACUAAAGAUGAUUUGAACAAGAUCCAGCAUUACUUGGACGAGAUUCUACUACCAUCAAACUCACCCAGCAACCUCAGUCGUCUUUCAUCAUCCAGAGCACAGUUGAAGACAUCCAGCAGCUCUGUAGGUGGCUCCUUUAGUGCCCGAUCCCAGACUGGCAGCAUCCAAAACAAACCGUGGAAAUAAAAAGCAGAAUGUUACUCCUUCACCUUUCUUAAACCAUAUGUCUGUUGUUUUUUCUGUGUUUUUUAUCUUUAGCUGUUAUAGUGCUAAAGAUCUGUAGGAAACAGUUAUCACUGACAUUCCGUUUUAAAAAAUACUUGAAGCAAUAUCUGUUACUGGAUGCUGUUGAAUACAGUAGCAAACAUAAGUUGUGGGGGAAAAAACAUAGUGACACUAUCUACUUAAGGGUUUAAAAUAUUCACUUUAAUCUCAUUUAUAGCUUUAAACUACUUCCAAAAGCAGAGGAAAAAGAUUAAAACAGAAGAACAAGGGAAGACUGUUCAGCACCAUUUUAACUUAUUACACAAUCCUGUGUUGCAAAGCACCAAGGCUUUGAAUACACAAUAGAUUUCAGCACAGAUUUUGAUGUAGAAAGCCAGAAACAAUAUUUUUUGCAUCAUAAGCACACACUCCCUCACCUUAAGUUCUGUAUUUUUCUCUUUGGCUCCAAAAGAUAGCAUUAAAGAAAAAUAGUUUACUGUUCCUUGCAUUGUUACAGAUCCCUGGGCUUUUCCAAAUCAUUGGUUUUAAGGAUUUUACUUUCCUGCUUCUCCAACAACCACUCCGAAUAUGAAACUGUUAAUAAACCUCUUUCUACUGAAUGAAAGCCUAGUAAUUUAAUGCAACAGGUGAACAGAUUUUUGUUGUUCCAACAGCAUGUUACUGAAUUGGAAAUAUAGAUCUUGUAGCACACUGACAUAUACCAGAAGAUACUCAAAAUACACAAUGAAAUAUCACAUGUAUAAACCUAGAGCAGUUGGAGCUGUUUUUAGAUAUUUUAAUUUCCCCACCCUCCCUAAGAUGUUACAUUUGUUAAAUUAACUCUCAAUACUUCCAGUAGCACAUAAUGACUGGUGGUUGAAAUGGCUUCUUGGUCAAUAAUUUAUAACUUGUUUCAGUUUGCAACUGGGUCUCUCUGAGAGUAAGUGUACAGCCUGAAUGAUGUCUCAGUAAAUACAUGAUGAAUGUGUAUGUCAUGGGCUUCAACUUUGUUUGAUGUGAGAUCUUCGCAAGUACUGAACUGGACUGUGAUGUGCUAAAUGCAUUCCAUUAACAUGCAUUGUUGCCAUUGUGUUGUGGAUAUUUGUACUUGCUGAAAAUGUGUUUUUGUUAAAUUUAUUUGCGGUUGCUGCAUCUACUUUCAGCUUCACAGCAGCUGCCCUGAUACAGAAUUAAGAAUGAUGGGUUUUACCAUGUUUUUCAAAUCAUUAGGCUUUCUUCCUGCUUCACAAAGCAGUGACAUUGUUUUUAUGGUCAAAUUCUGCUCUUUAAAGAGAUUCUAGGAUUUUCAGAAACACUUUAGGAAUCCACAAUUCCAUCUAUUUUUUUGUGAAAAUUUUUUUGAAAAUCCAGCACCAGUGACUUACCAAUACUGAUUUUUUUUUUUUAAAACUUGAUCAUCUUGUUUAGAUCACUGUCAGCUUAUUCACAUCUAUCAGAGGUGGGUAAAGUAUUGUGCCAGAAUCUGAAUUUUGUUUAAUUGAGAGACCUAGGUGAAUGUUGUUCUCUUUCACAUUUCUCUGGAGCUAGUUAAAGUCUAUCUUGGCAAAAUCUACAAAUUAGCUGAAUAUGCAAAUCUUAAAAGAUUAUUUUGAUGGUCUGUGUUUCUACGAGAGAAUGAAGUGAGUUAAGUCUAUGACAGAUUAUCAUAUGUCCUGUUGAUGCAUAUAUUGGUUGUACUUUUUAAAAGGAAAAUUCCAGUUUGGGGGUUACAAUCUACCUGAGUUAAUUAGUUUUCUUGUGGUACUACCAAUUUUGGAAGUCUUUUUUCACAACUACAUAUGUGUUUAGCAAUAUGAUGUAUAGAUGCUCACAGCAGUGCUUUUCAUCCUGGUACCCCAGCCUAUCUCUUUCUCUCAAGAACCAAGUUUGUACUUCAAUAAAUGCGUAAAGUUGAAGCUGUCUGCAUUUUCUAUCUCUUUAAGAAGUUAGCCUGAGUUUGGGGUUGGAAAGACUAGGAGAAAUUGAAGCAGUUUUUUUCUCCACUAUAUGCUUGUUUUCAGAAAAACACAUUUCUUUUUUGAUUAUUGGCUGAAUAUGUUAACAAGGUAGAUGAGCAUAGCAAUGUAGAAGUGUCCCAUUACUGUUGGGUGUAAGGUUAUGGGUCAGUCAGUAUUUUUCCAACAGGGAGUCAUCUUUCCUAACUGUAGUCACAAGAUGUGACUCAUUGCCAUGCCUACCCUUUUGGAAAGGUUCCUUUUUUGUGCCUCAAAUACAAUUGCACAAUUGUUAUCCUUUCCAGCAACAACAUUCAGAGGGAGAUCACUAGCUAGGAAACAAAGUUGGAAAUGUGAGUACUCAUCGAUUAGUGAAACUAGAGAAGAGAAUUUCAAAUCAAGAAGCUGUUAUGUAGUAGCUGUGGAACUCUAUGACGUUAUUUAGCCACAGAAUUGACAGGUAUUUGGUCAUGUUUCCUAAAGUAUGGUGUCCAUGACAUCUUGAACCAGGGCAUUGAAAACCCACAGUGCAAAAAAAGUACUGUGAUAUAUCAAAAACAGGAUUUAUCUGACAGUGAUCUAAAUGAGCAAUUCUAGGAGAUAUUCCAAUCCCUAGCUCAGGGAUAUUAAAUACAACUAUAAGUGGCCUUACCAUAUCACCCAAGAGUAGCUGACUCAGUGCAGAUCAGAGGUCAAACUUGCAACCUAGACUGAUUUUUUAAAGAAAUUAUACAACUUCCUUCAGUUUCUGUGAUGGGAAUGUGAAGUGUUCCUUUUUAAAGUGAAGUAUUGCCAAUGGAUACAAUGAUGUGCAAGUCAGUGGCCUCUUGAGUUAUCUGCUGUCAAGGGAUUUUCCUGUUCUAAUAUCAGGCAUCCAGUUCAGAGCCUGCAACAGAUCAGAUUGUUAUGUAAUGGGCAUACUGCUAUUGAAAACUGCAUGCCAGAAGGACAUGGCCGCCUUCAUAUUUUGUUACUUUUAGUUGAUUUGUAUGUUUUGUGAAUGCCAGCUAGAUGAUUAUGACUUGUGGCAGUUGGUCAAGUGAUGUUGGUUUUUGGUUUUAAAUUAAAAAUCUGUACAUUUCCUAUUUUUAAAUAAAGUGUAUAUGUUUUAAAUUUUA